AACUUCCUCUCGCUCGCUCGCUCGCUCACUUCGCAGCAGCAGAAGCAGCGGAUUUUUUUUUUCCUUCUCGUUUUGCUUCGGAAUCCGAUGGCUCUCCAGGCGGCCACCUCCUUCCUCCCCUGCGCGCUCUCCGCCCGCAAGGAGGGCGCGGUGAAGGACUCGGCGUUCUUGGGCGUUCGUCUCGCCGAUGGGCUCAAGCUGGAAACCAGUGCUCUCGGCCUGCGCACCAAGAGGGUGAGCACGUCGGUGGCCAUCCGCGCGCAGACGGCGGCGGUGUCCUCCCCGUCGGUGACGCCGGCGUCGCCGUCGGGCAAGCAGACGCUGCGCAAGGGCACGGCGAUCAUCACCGGGGCGUCGUCCGGGCUGGGCCUGGCGACGGCGAAGGCGCUCGCCGAGACGGGCAGGUGGCACGUCAUCAUGGCCUGCCGCGACUACCUCAAGGCGUCACUCGCCGCCAAGAACGCCGGCAUGGAGAAGGGCAGCUACACCAUCGUCCACCUCGACCUGGCCUCCCUCGACAGCGUCCGGCAGUUCGUCCGGAACGUCCGGCAGCUGGAGAUGCCCGUCGACGUCGUGGUCUGCAACGCCGCCGUGUACCGGCCCACCGCCAAGGAGCCCUCCUUCACCGCCGACGGCUUCGAGAUGAGCGUCGGCGUCAACCACCUCGGCCACUUCCUCCUCGCCCGCGAGCUCCUCAGCGACCUCACCUCCUCCGACUACCCCUCCAAGCGCCUCAUCAUCGUCGGCUCCAUCACCGGGAACACGAACACGCUGGCGGGGAACGUGCCGCCGAAGGCGAACCUGGGGGACCUGCGGGGGCUGGCGGCGGGGCUGAACGGCGUGGGCACGUCGGCGAUGAUCGACGGCGGCGAGUUCGACGGCGCCAAGGCCUACAAGGACAGCAAGGUGUGCAACAUGCUGACGAUGCAGGAGUUCCACCGGCGGCACCACGAGGCCACCGGCGUGACCUUCGCCUCCCUCUACCCGGGCUGCAUCGCCACCACCGGCCUCUUCCGCGAGCACGUCCCGCUCUUCCGCCUCCUCUUCCCGCCCUUCCAGAAGUACGUCACCAAGGGCUACGUCUCCGAGGAGGAGGCCGGCAAGCGCCUCGCCCAGGUCGUCGGCGACCCCAGCCUCACCAAGUCCGGCGUCUACUGGAGCUGGAACAAGAACUCCGCCUCCUUCGAGAACCAGCUCUCCGAGGAGGCCUCCGACCCGGAGAAGGCCAGGAAGGUCUGGGAGCUCAGCGAGAAGCUCGUCGGCUUGGCCUGACCGUCCAUGGCCGCCGCCCGUCUCUAGCUCAGCUCAGCUCAGCUCGGCUCAGUGGAAAGAAUACUGUAGGACACAUUUUCUCACGAACUGGUAGCUCUUGAUGUGAAGUGAAGUGAGUGUACAAUAUGAUGCACAGAUGCAGAGUGAGUUGUUUGUUUCGGUGGAUUUGAACCUGUUCAGAGGUGAAGGGGCAUGGGAUUUGUAAGAUGUAACUCUAGUGGUUUUUUGGGAUUACUUUGGUAAUAAUAAGAGCUCUGGGGUAACACGAAAACUACAAAUAA